AUGUGUUUGGUGUUUGUGUGCGACGAAGAUGAAAGGGUGGUGGCGAGGUUUUGUUUUCUACCAUUGUGCUAUAAGAUCAAGCGCAGAUACUACUGCACCAUGUGUAACAUGCGGCUAGAAGUUCUGUAA